AUGGCCACCCUAAAACCUCCCUCAGCAACCCACCGCUCCUCCUCCAACCCGCCAGGCCCUCCUCGCGCCCCCCUCAAAGCAGACCCCACCGCCACAAUCGCCGACACGGCCGUCUUCCAAGGCACGCACCCCAUAACCAUCGGCCCCGGCACGGUCAUCCACCCACGCGCACGAUUCUAUUCCUUCGAGGGACCGAUCAUAAUCGGGGAUGGAUGCAUCAUCAGCGAGAAAGCCGUGAUUGGCGCUGCGCCAGAGUCGGCGUCGAAAGAGCGCAGCGCGUCGAGUUCGAGAACAGCUUCUCCGUCUCCGUCUACACCUACCGAUGACACCACACAAACCAUACACACGCCAGCACCAGAGCAAGGCCUCCCAAUCCGCAUAUCCUACUUCGUCACCAUCGGCCCCCUCUCCUCCGUUCUCCCGGGUUCGCACAUCCACUCCGCCGCCGCAAUCGACAGUUUGGCGACCAUCCGCCGCGGUGCAGAGGUCGGGUCCCACGCCAAGGUCUGCGCGGGCUGCGUCGUUCCGCAGAAUGGACGCGUCCCUGAGUGGACGGUUGUCUGGGGGUCUGGGGUCGGUCAGCGCCGAGCACGUGCGAGAGGUGCAAGGCCUCCUUGUUCGGCUGUGCGUGUUGCGGCGAAUGCUGCCCAGGUGCCUGUGCCCGGGUCUGCACCGGAAGGAAAGUUGAUUGAGGAUGCACGGUUGAUGGUUCUUGUGAGGGAGAGGGAGGCCUUGGGGAAGAUGAUUGCUGGUGCGAAGAAGAGGUAG